GUUGGGAUGGUUUGACCCAGAAGGAACUGCGGAAACCAGGGAGGGACAGAAGGCUGGCAAGAAGGUCCGGAUAACAGUAUGGCAGGCGAGGCCAGCAGCUCCAAGGGCGGCCUUAGGAAGAUAGUGUCGUCCCUCACGCGAGCACUGAACAAAAAUCAAGGCUACCUAGCGGAUGAUAAGAAAAAGUUGACGUUUGAUGGGGUAAACAUCACGAAAUUCCUGAUAGAUUACGAGAAUUUGGCUGCGCUGUUGAAAUGGACCGAAGAGGAAAAGAUGGAGCACCUAGGACAGCAUGUGUCGUUAAGCCUAGGACAGGACAUAAUGGCCAUUGUGGUCGCAAGCCGGUCUUGGAAGGAGACCCGGGAUGUGAUGAUGAGGAAGUACCUAGCGGCAGAGAAAAUGGCAACGGAGGCCGACCUAGCGGUAGUUCAGAGGAAAAACUUCGCAACAUACAAUGAUUUCCUACGAGAAUUUACUCUAGUAGCACUAAGGAUCCCCGGGGUCACGGACCGGAUAAUGAGCAAGUAUUUCCUCAGGCAGUUCUCCGAGUUCGACAAAGACAAGAUCCUGUCAGUUUGCCAACAGACGAGCAAGUUCGUAAACACGCGGGAUGUUGAUUUUAGCACGGUAACAGAUCUAGCUGAGAAAACGGUAGUGACAGACACGUUGGCCUUGCUCAAGGAAGGGGAGGUCAUAGACUUGACCAGUAGGACGGCCGACAAGGUGAAAAAGGGGAUUGAAAGCCUACACGAACGGGUGCACGGAGUCGACAACAAGAUUGAAAGGAUGGAGAUUGCGCUACUAGUUAUGCAGGCACAAGUAUUCAGGCCCCCCCUUCCGCCCCAGGAAGCUGUGGUUCCACCAGGUGUAGCAAACCGGGGAUUCGGACGGAGAGAUCCUGCUAACGAGCAAUGCAAGUAUUGUACCGCGAUAGGACAUUAUAUGCGCGCGUGUCCAAAGCUCAACCAUGAUAUUCUGAAAAGAAGGUGUACGAGGUCAUUAAAGAGGGAGAUAUUUGGAGCACAAGGGGAACGGGUGAACUGGAACUCACCAGGAGGGAUGCGGCGAGCAAUUAUCAUGCUCAACGGGCUAGAAAUAACAGUCGUAGAAGCCGAACCGGUGGGCGAGAUCAUCUGGGAUCAACCCCGGGGGCGCGGGCCGCAGGUCAACUUUAUUUUGGAAAACGACGGACGUGACAGGGUGAACGCAACCACUCCACUAGGAACGGCCGGGAGAAGGAUUAACCGUGACACCAUUAUGGAGAAGGUCGUCGGAAGCUCCGAACCCCAGGCAGAGCCUGAGGCUGAGGAACUAGAGAAAGUCUAUGGGGAGCCUAGGGAAGAGGAGCAUGCGGACAAGGUUACCGCCGCUAAGAAGAAGUUUCGGUAUCAAAUCCCGAUCUUAACCUUGUCUGAGCUCGACGACACAAUUAACAAGCUCCUAGGAACCAUGGUGUCGGUGUCUUUUCAGACCACGCUGCAGGCUAGGCCUAGGCUGCUCAAGGGGCUCAGACAACUGUUGACUCGAAGGCGAGAAGAAAUAGGUGACAACCUCGAAUUACCAGAAGGAGAGAGGGAGGAGGAAGCUCCGCAAGAAGAAGCGAGAUUCGGCAAAGACCGACAAGAUAUCACAGUAGGCGACACCACUGCGCACGACGACGGAGAACGGCGGUACUCGCAAUUCAAGAAGGAAGUCCUAGCCAUCCUGCAUUGCCUUAAGACCUUUCAGGCGUACCUAUUUGGGAGGCGGUUCAUCUUAAGGAUCGAUCCGACGAAUGUCGCAGGGGCUCUAAAGAAUUACAGGCCUAUAGAUCCGACGGUGGGAAGAUGGGUAGGAUUCAUCUGGCAGUUCGAUUACAAGAUCGAACGGAUUGCUGGUAUCCGCAACAAGGCAGAUGGGCUGAGUGGGGUUUGCAUUACUCCCGAAGGGAUGGAGGAUGCAGAGCCCAUAGACGCGUUCCUCGAAUACGAAGGAGGGACUCUCGCGGUGGAUAACGAAAUGAUGGGCGGAGGAUGCACAUCGGGAGAACUAUUGAUCCAGACUUUGGAGAAGGGGGCACCUGCCGUAGUAGCAGAACUUAGAGAAGGACCAGUUACCAUUCGAGGACGCAGAGAAGAAAAGGACUCAUGGGGAGCGAUAGUAGGACCGAAAGAGGAACGAAUAGCGAUGGCAGUCGAGGGAGGCCGGGAAACAGUGAUGAGUUUGGUGGAGUCUUGGGAAAGGAAAGAGUUGCAAUGGGUGGUAAAUCAGAUGCGGGAAGGAAAGGAUGGGGGUAAGGAAGGAGAGGAGUUUUUCUAUGUUCAAUCAUACGAAGGGCUCUUUCGGGAGAUCAGGCUGUUGCUGGUAGGAAACAAACAACCUACGGAAGUCAGUAUUAAAGCGAGAGAAGAAGCCGAAAGGUAUAUCCUGGAUGCGCGAGACAACUUGAGCGGGUUCGUGGAGGCGGUCGCCCUCAAGAAAAAGACAGGGAAGAAUGUGGCGGACUGGAUAGAAGACUUCUACUUAAGGCAUCCGUUCGUCAGGAGGUGUAUAGCAAACAAUGGGACGGAGUUUGUGAACCAAGAAGUAUUGGGGAUGCUUAAGAGACUCUGCGUACCGAUCAAACUCAUCAAGCCGUAUCACCCGGAGGCCAAUGCACCUAUGGAAAGGGGGCACCGAACCUUGAAGAACACGAUUGCAAAGCUCGCAGCAGACCAUUUGGGGAACUGACCUAGGUAUCUUAAGAAGGCUGUCUUUGCAGAGAAUAUGACUCCUAAAAGGACAACAGGAUGUAUCCCGGCAGAGCUUGGUACGGAAGAGAGAUCGACUUUCCUGUGGAAGCCUUGGUACCUACCUGGAACAGGUUAGAUGAUGAUCCGCAAAUGACCACUGAAGAAUUAAUUGAGGCAAGGUGUCAACAAAUCCUUAAGAAUGAG